AACUGGUUGGAUAGCUGUAGAUAGAUCAUGUCUCCAGUAGGAGAUGCUGCCCAGCCUAUUUUUUUUUCUGAAAGUGGAUGUAAAGUUCAAGAUCUGACGUUGUUUCAAAGGAGCCGUCUGCGUAGGCUAUUCCGUGAGCUGCAUGUAACCUGGGAGGUAGCGGAUGAUCCAGACACAUUCGGUGUGUUCUGAAGCGUCGCCCUGAGGGAGUCUGGAGGACUGCAGCGAUGCCAGAAUCUUCACUUGAAAUCAAGGACACUUCCUGCAGCUCUUCAAGAUACAGAAUGUCUUCUCUGAGGCAGUACAGCCAAUCAUCAGUGCUCUCUCUGCCAAUGACCAGAAACCCCUACAACAUGCCUGCAAUAAGUGCCUUCUGUACAGAGGACAAUGUGUCAGAAUGUAUCUCAUACAUCAAUCAGGAGGUAUCCUCACUGGGCUUUCCAUCGCUUUGCACAGUGUCUAACGACAGUCCUGAACUGAACGUGGUGGCAGUGCUGAACAACGUGUACAACCUGCUCCAGCUGCACCGCCGGUGCCUGCAGACGGUGGAGGACAUUGAAGUGGAGCAGGUCAAGUCCAACAGCAACAUGGACUAUCUGCAGCUCAGCAACACUAGACUGAAGGAUCAACUUGAACUCUCCAAGAGGGAAAACACUGGACUUCUUGAGAGAGAACGUCAGCUACAGCUGAAAGUGAAGAGCUUACAUAACUGCCUGAAAAAUGAAAAAGAAGAGGUACAGAAACUUCAGAGCAUCAUAGCAAGCCGUGCCACUCAGUACAAUCAUGACAUGAAGAGGAAAGAAAGGGAGUUCGGCAAACUAAAGGAGCGCCUGAAUCAGCUUCUGAUCGACAAAAAGGAUAAGAAACAAACGUUUGAAGUAUUGAACUACGUGGGAAGAUCUGAUGGGAAGAGAAGCCUUUGGAAAACUGGGAAGACUGAGGCCAGACAUGAGGGAGAGAUGUAUAAGACUCUACUGAACGACUACGACAGUCGCCACAAGCAGCUAUUGAUGGAGAAUGCAGAGUUAAAGAAAGUAUUACAGCAGAUGAAAAGGGAUAUGGUCACCAUUUUGAGCCCCAGGAAACCUAGCCUAUGUGGCGAGAAACACGAUGACAGUCUAGAACAGCAGGCCAGCUCAGAGGAGGACGAAGUGUGUGACUCAAGUAGAGAGAGCCUGGAGCUGUCCUGUGAGCACGCACGGGAACAGCUCACCAAUAGCAUUCGCCAGCAGUGGAGGAGACUAAAGAGCCACGUGGAGAGACUGGACAGCCAAGCGUCCUUGGUGGGGGAGAGAGACAACAUGGACGCCGUCCCCAAAGAGGCCCAUGAAGAGGAGAUGGACAGGCUGAAACUGGAGAUCCAGCAGUACAAAGACUUCAUCCACACGCAGCAGCAGCUCCUGCAGCAGCAGCUGAACUCCCCGUGUGACGAUGAGACAGCCUCGCUGCUCAACAACUGCUACAUGCUGGAAGAGAAGGAGCGCCUCAAGGAGGAGUGGAAGUCCUUCGAGGAGAAAAGGAAGAACUUUGAGACUGAAAGGAGGAACUUCACCGAGGCAGCCAUAAGACUGAGCCACGAGAGAAAAGCAUUUGAGGAGGACCGCGCCACAUGGCUCAAACAUCAGUUUUUAAAUUUGACUCCAUUUGGAGACCAAACGAAACCACAGAUGUCAAAGUCUCAAAGUGCCUUAUCAGUAUGGGCUGAGUCAGAGGUUAGGCCUUUGUCGACUCCAGCAAAGUUAAAUAAAUCACUAUCCCACACGGCUUUCUCCACAUCCAGAGCCUCUCCAGUGAAGACGCCAUCCACGGCAGACCUGUAUCGCACACACCGCCUUAUCCCAGAAAAAAGCCCAAGCACAAUCCACCCAAAGCAAGACUCCAGCAUCCUUCGCAAUGGUGAUGUUCCUGCCCAGCACCGACACCUGAAUGGAGGAGCAAAUCGCAGAGCAUACACAUUCAUGGGAGAUAGAAACGGCUCCAUUUAAACACCGAGAUAGACACCUUGAUCUCUUUUCAUGACAAUCCAUGCUCUUAAAUCAAGUGUAGUAUCAAAGUUAGUCAGACACACUUGAAUGGAAACACCAAACACAAAAUAUAUUUAGUUCUUGUUUGUAGAACUUUAUAAAAUAAAAAUCUGUAAUUUAACCAGCCAAAAAGGACCCGGACAGAUGAGGCCCCUGACUGUGUUUUGAUAGAGCCAUAAUAUUUUGGCUGCUGAGUGGCUCAUUGUAAAUGACAGGGACAAAUGAGUGUGGUUUUUAAUGUAAUGUUGGUGUUUGUAGAUGUCAUUUGUAUAUAUUUCAUGUCAAAUGUCUUUGUUGUUUUACCUUUUUGUUAAGGUCAUGUAGUUUUGUAAAGUUUAAUGUUUAUCCGUA